CCACCUCUCUCAGUCCUCGCCCGAUCAUCACAGCGUCGACUGCGGAAUAGCAGGGAAGAGAGGUGCUACGCUCAUGCAUGCAGCCGGGAAAACUUACUCCUUCAAGUCUGCGGGGAGAUGCCUGGAGUGCCCAGCGCCCGGCAUUUUCGACGCAAACAGAACUAAGAGAUUUUAAGUUUGCCAGGGAUCGGGGCGUUUGCUUCAAAAAAGGGCAAGGGAUUUCACCCUCAGUGUGGUCUCUUGCUCUCUCCCUUUUCCCUUUUUUUUGUUUGGAUUCACACGCAAUUAGUGCCGGCACAAAAGGAGCAGCUGAAUAGAGGUUGUCCAUCUCUCAAAAGGGGUGAGUGAGAAUCCUUUCAUGUGAGAUCGAGUUCACGGCGAAGGCUUUUUUUUACCCCACCACCCUUUUCCCUGUUAUCUAAAAUGAACAAAGUGUCUUGCUUUGUAUACCGUGAUAUUCUUCUAUUUUUGUUGUAGCAGGAUCCUUAUGUGCUUUAAAUGAACAUACAAACAACCGCAACAGAGCCGAGAGAGAAAGAGAGCUAGAGACAGAGAGGGAGGCAGGGAGAGAGAGCACUGAUUUCAGUCGAGGACUUUUAAAAACAAUGUAGACUUCUCGGCGAUUCAAUGGACUUUUUCUCUGCUACACCCAGGGAUAUUCAUGCUGAUGGAUUUCCUUUUGGCUGGUCUACACCUGAAGUGGCUGCAUGGAAAGCCUCCUGGAUUGAUACUUUGCUCACUGCUCAUAUUUCUGAAAGCUGUUCCCGUGGCGGGGGCCGUCUGCCCAAGGCCGUGCCGCUGCGACGGCAAGCUGGUGUACUGCGAGGGGCUUAAUCUGACCGAGGUUCCACGCAACGUCAGCAGUGCCACGGGCUUGUCCCUUCGGGGGAACGGCCUGUCGGAGCUGCGUGAGGGCCAGUUUGCCGGCCUCAUGCAGUUGACGUGGCUCUAUCUGGACCACAAUGCCAUUGAGUCGGUGGAGGAGGGCGCCUUCGAGAGACUGCGUAGGGUGAAGGAGCUGAACCUCAGCGCCAACAAGAUUGAGAUGCUGCCAAACUCAACAUUCAGACCCCUGCCCAACCUUCGCAUUUUGGAUUUGUCUUACAACAACCUGCAGGCAUUGGAGCCCAACCUUUUCCAUGGCCUUAGGAAGCUUACCACUCUGCACUUGCGCCACAAUGCCAUAAAGUUUGUCCCUGUGAGGAUCUUUCAAGACUGCAGGAGCAUGCAGUUCUUAGAUCUAGGCUAUAAUCAGCUGCAGAGUCUGGCACGCAACUCCUUUGCUGGAUUGUUCAAGCUGACUGAGCUACACUUGGAGCACAAUGAGUUGGUCAAAGUCAAUCUGGCCCACUUUCCCCGUCUCAUCUCCCUGCGCACCCUCUACAUGCACCACAACAAAGCUACAAUUGUUGUCAGCACGCUGGACUGGACCUGGCCCUUCCUUGAAAAGAUCGACUUUUCUGGCAAUGCCAUCGAGCACAUUGAGCCACACGUGUUCGAAAGCGUGCCCAACCUCAAGUCACUGCAACUGAAUUCCAACAAGCUGACCUACAUUGACCAGAGGAUCCUGGACUCCUGGGUAUCCCUCACCAGCAUCUCCCUGUCAGGGAACACAUGGGAGUGCAGCCGCAACGUGUGCGCCCUGGCAUCUUGGCUCAGCGGCUUCCGAGGCCAGCGGGAUGGCGGCCUGCAGUGCGCCAGUCCAGAUGCGGCUCAGGGUGAGGACGUUCUUGACGCAGUCUAUGCGUUCCAGCUAUGCGAGGACACUGUAAACACCACCCCAGAAACCCGAGCUGCCACCAGGGACAAGGCAAGCGGCUUCAGCCGAGAGAAGCCCACCGGGGAUCCGUACGAGCUGCAGCACACCGAAGGCGGAGAGACAGCGACUGGCUCCUUCACGGUGACCGAGGCCGGGGAUGACCAUGAAAGUACCAUGCAGAUUCAUAAGGUGGUCACUGGUACCAUGGCGCUCAUCUUCUCUUUCCUGAUUGUGGUGCUGACGCUCUACGUGUCCUGGAAAUGCUUCCCGGCGGGAGUGCGGCAAGUGAGGCAGUGCCUUACCAGCCAGAGGCGAAAGCAGAAGCAGAAACAGAGCAUGCAGCAGAUGGCUGCUAUGUCCGCCCAGGAAUACUACGUCGACUACAAGCCCAACCACAUCGAAGGCGCCUUGGUCAUCAUCAACGAGUACGGAUCGUGCACCUGUCAGCAACAGCCAUCCCGGGAGUGUGAGGUGUGAGGCGCCGGGUGCGGGAUUUAAAGCAGCCGGAUGACACGCGCACAUGCGCCGCGUUGCGUCGUGCUGCUCUGCAGAGGACCGGCAUAGACUGUGACCGUGGAUUUACUGCUGAUAUCAAACUGCAGCUUCGGGUUCUUGCACCUGUUGACUUGUUAAGUGGGAAAAUAGGCUAAUGAGGAGACUGCUCUCACAAAGGGAGGAUACUUGAGCUUUAAUGUUUCCUUUUUUUCUUCUCGGAUACUCAGACCGCCGUGGCACAGCUUAACAGGUUUUGUUAUGUAAGAGGGGAGACUGAAAUAGGAAGAAAUUUUGAAAUCUAUUGAAGCAUAAAUGCAAAAGCAAAUUAAGAUGCAAGUUAUCUUAUU